AUGGAACAGAACAGCAACACUGUAGAAGAUUUCUCUGUCAGUGUGUUUUCCAUCACUCCUUGCCAGCCAAACAGCUCUGAAAUCCCAGUGUCUGAUGAGGCCAAAGCUGGCACCACUUUCCUUUUCUCUGGCUUCUUUUUGGGGGCCGUCGGAGUUACGUUCACAGUGAUGGGAUGGGUGAAACAUGAAGGUGUCCUCCGCUUUGCUUGGACACAAUUGCUUGGGCCUGUUCUGCUCGUGGUAGGGGUCUCUUUUUUCCUGAUUGCUGUGGUCCGAUUCAAAGUGUUCAUGUGCAAGUCUUGGAAUCAAAGUGAAGAAAUAGGGCCUGAGACCAACCAGAUGGCAAGUGGACAGUCCUUUGUUUUUACUGGAAUUAGCCGGCCGAUAACUUUCCGUGGAGCUCGAGUAGUACGGUACAUUCCUUCCUAUGAAACUGAAGGAGGUGUCAGCAUGAAUUCUACUAAUUUCCGCCAACUAGUCAGUCAUUCUGCACCAAUAAUUCCUGUUCCCUGCCCUCAUUAUUACAAUGUCAACCCCCCGGAUAACACUGUUUUUUCUGUAGAUGAGAACCGUUCUGCUUUUUUUACGGUGGACUCCAGGAGUGAAAGGUCAAUAAGUAGUUGUGAAGAACCUCAACCGACACUUGAUGAUGAUCCUUGCAGUGACUACUCACCUCCACCUUAUGAUAAAGUGUUCCCACCAUCAUCAUGAAGAGCCCAAAAGCAUCCCAAUAACUCCAUAAGAACUGAGCUUGCUUCUGUAAC